CUCCUUUCCUACUUUGUUUCCUUGUGAUGCAGGCUGGCUGGCUGGCUCAGAAAGUGUCACCUGGCAGUGAGGGAGCAGCUCCUGAACAGCAAGCAGCCCUGGGGUGGCUCCAGAUAGCUGCUGUGCUGUAAGAUGUGUGUCAGAAGUGGCUGAGAAGGGCUGGAGGGGAGCACCAAUGACCUUACAGUGGGUAUAGGAUGAGCAGAGCCUGAGGCUUUGUGUUGUCAGCACCCUCUGUGGCUGCUGGGGGCAGGUGGGGUGGAGGUCAUGUUUCCCUUUGCUGUCAUUAGCCCAGCUGCACAGGCAUUCCACCUGUGCCUCCCUGGGAUGCCCUGAGCAGGAGGGGAGUGUGCCUGGGCUUCCACACCCUCAUCAUUGUGUCCCUGCUUAGCUUUACCAGAGCCCAGGGUGUCUCCCCACUGAGUGGAUUCUUUGUCUCCAGUGCCCCCUUGAUGUCCCAGGGAGACCAGAGAAAUGGGCCUGGGUCUCCAACCUGAGCAGGGGCUGUGCUGGAGCAGCCACGGACAGGAGAGAGAGGUCCUGGCUGCUCAGGGCUACUGAGGACCAUUAAUCUCUGAGGCAGGCUGGGAGCUGCACAGCUCCUGUGCCAGCUCCCUUGGCCACCUUCCCCAGGGCUCAGGGACAUGGCAGCACAUGCCUGGAGCGUGACCUCUGUAGCCACAGGACGACGGAGCCACCGCUCACCCAGUGAGUCAGGGGAGGCCACGUGAGGCCCCAGCCCCGACGCCUUCCCACCCAGGGCUGGCACUGGGAUCCCUGACCCAGGAUCCUGAACUGCCACACAGCCGUGAAGCUACAUUUGACAACAGGAAGGCAAGCAGAAGGGUAGCAGAAUUAUUGCCACAGCCCGAGGAGACUGGAGCAGGAAGGGUUACAAAACGGAACUGGUGUGGAUCAGUUUUUGUUGUCUCACAGGAAGAAACUCAGCUUUCACCACGGCCACGGCCCUCCAGGACAUCUUCCUGUGGAUCCAACUGCUAGGACAAACCUAAGACUUGCAGGCACAGCAAUGGAGAGUUUGGAUGUCCCAAUCACAGAUCUUACUGAAGAACAGCAAGAUAUUCUUCAGAGAGCUUUUGCUGCUGAUGCCAAGUACUUGGAGAAUCAUGAGAAAAUGAACCAGUCCUUCUGGGAAUCACUUGUGAAAUGCUUGGCCACUACUGACCCACCUAUCCUAAAUACUGAAGAAAAGAACAAUCUCCUUAACAGCUGUGAUGUCCUCCCUGGAGGCUGUGCUGCCUGCCUGAAAGCCAUAGAGAAGAAAGGAGUCAGGGCAAUGGCUCUUCUUUACCUUUUGCUGAAGACUUCCAACCCAUCUGGGUACAGGCAGCUGCCCAGCUCCAAGGGAAAGGAUGAAAAAUUGAAAGUCCUGAAGAGUUUGGAAAGGAAUUUUGUAUAUUCAGAAGAGGACAAAAAGUCUGAAAAUUUAUCCCAGGAGUCCAUAGAUGAAGAUACACAAGACAGUGAUAAGGAAGAUUUAGGAAGACAGAAGACUGAAGGUCAGUUACUUGGAGGAAUACCAGCCGAAGUGGUUCCCUACAGAGAUUCAGAGAUUGCCAGAAGAGAAGAUUCAGAUGCAGAUGUAUAUGAGGAAGAGAGCACUCAACCCCCUCAGUGUACAGUACGGUGGAUGGGCAUACGGAAGGAUGAUGAAUUUUUUCAUUUUGUCAUUCUUUGCUUUGCCAUUGGAGCUUUACUAAUUUGCUACUACUAUCACAAAGAUUGGACUAUUUCUCUUGGGAUUGGUUUAAUCACCUUUGCUUCCCUGGAAACUACUGGGAUAUACUUUGGUCUAGUAUACCGAAUUCGGAGCGUCCUUGACAGCUUUGUUCCUCUGAUUGACAGAUUCAGGCUAAGAGGCAUGAGGAAAACUGCCUAGGAGGAGUAUUUCAGGAGAGUUCCCCAAACCUGGCUGUCCAGAUUUCCAGUACUGAAGGAACUGCUUUAUGAGGUGAACCUAACAACCAAAUGGCCAAUGUGAAAUACCGAAAUGUGAAACUUCUGAAACAUGUCACUCCUUUACCUCCAAAAUAAACCUGAAACUGGGGUACGGGGCCCCAUUCUGGAUUCCAGAGUGGUUUGGGGUUCAGAAGAGCUUGGAAGACAAUGGAGAUGUAGCUUUGUGUUCAAUUCCAUUGAAAUAUAAACGCAGUCACCUUCCCUCCCCCAGGCA